CACGUGACAGGGUCCGGAAGCGGCUGCAGGGCAGCCAAAAGGAUGGUUAGGACCCCGCGCUGAGCCGACCAGCUGGGGUGUGCGGAGGCUGGACCCGGACCCGGAGCCGGAGUCCAGACGGUGAGUGCCAGCACUGCCCGCUGCCCGCUGCCCGCUGCCAGCGGUGGCCGGCUUGGCGGGUGCCCUGCUCGCCGUCCUCCCAGCGGAGCAGAUACUCCGGGGCAGGCUCCCCGGGUUAGCGACCGGACCUGAGCGCGGCAGCGACCUUCCCAGUGACCCGGAGCGGGGCCGGAUCCUGGGGCGGCCUCCCUGGACCCAGCGAGUUGGGGAGGCUUCCUGUCCUGUUUGACAGCUGCCAUGUCCACGCAGAGGCUCCGGAACGAAGACUACCAGGACUACAGCUCCACUGACGCAAGCCCCGAGGAGAGCCCAUCCGAGAGCCUGGGCAACUUCUCACCCGGCACCUACCAGCGUUUCGGGGAAAGCAACACGACAUGGUUCCAGACCUUGAUCCACCUGUUAAAGGGCAACAUUGGCACAGGACUCCUGGGAUUGCCUCUGGCAGUGAAAAAUGCAGGCAUCUUGCUGGGUCCCCUCAGCCUGCUGGUGAUCGGCAUUGUGGCCGUGCACUGCAUGGGCCUCCUGGUGAAGUGUGCGCGCCACUUCUGUCACAGACUGAACAAACCCUUUGUGGACUACGGUGACACCGUGAUGUAUGGUCUAGAAUCCUGCCCCAGCCCCUGGCUCCGGAACCAUGCCCACUGGGGAAGGCGCAUAGUGGACUUCUUCCUGAUCGUCACCCAGCUGGGAUUCUGCUGUGUCUAUUUUGUGUUUCUGGCUGACAACUUUAAACAGGUGAUCGAAGCCGCCAACGGGACCACAAACAACUGCCACAUCAACGAGACGGUGAUCCUGACACCCACCAUGGACUCGAGGCUCUACAUGGUCACCUUCCUGCCCUUCCUGGUGCUGCUGGUCUUCAUCCGGAACCUCCGGGUGCUGUCCAUCUUCUCCCUGCUGGCCAACCUGAGCAUGCUGGUCAGCCUGGUCAUGAUCUACCAGUUCAUAGUCCAGGGGAUCCCGAACCCCAGCAACCUCCCCUUGGUGGCGCCCUGGAAGACCUACCCGCUGUUCUUCGGCACGGCCAUUUUCGCCUUCGAAGGCAUCGGAGUGGUUCUGCCUCUUGAAAACAAAAUGAAGGAUCCACAGAAAUUCCCGCUUAUCCUGUACCUGGGCAUGGCCAUUGUCACCGCCCUCUACAUCAGCCUGGGGUCCCUGGGCUACUUGCAGUUCGGAGCCAGUAUCCAAGGCAGCAUCACCCUCAACCUGCCCAACUGCUGGCUGUACCAGUCAGUGAAGCUGCUCUACUCCAUUGGGAUCUUCUUCACCUAUGGGCUGCAGUUCUACGUCCCGGCUGAGAUCAUCGUCCCCUUCUUCGUGUCCCGGUCGCCGGAGAACUGCAGGCUGCUGGUGGAGCUGGUGGUGCGCACCUUGAUGGUGUGUCUGACCUGUAUCCUGGCCGUGCUCAUCCCGCGCCUGGACCUGGUCAUCUCCCUGGUGGGCUCCGUGAGCAGCAGUGCCCUGGCCCUCAUCAUCCCACCGAUCCUGGAGGUCACCACCUACGCAUCUGAGGGCCUCAGCCCGCUCACCCUCGCCAAGGACGUCCUCAUCAGCUUGCUGGGCUUUGUGGGCUUCGUGGUGGGGACAUACGAGGCCCUCUCGGAGCUGAUCCAGCCCAGCGCGGCCCCCGUCUCCAGCAAUUCCACCGGUGCCUUUGCCUCCCGCGCCGGGUACAUCCUCUGACGGGGGGCUCCCCAGCGCCCUGGGGAGCGGCUGUCUGGGUCCCAUUCUGUCUCUCACCGGGUACCUGGGCUCCGGGGAAACUCGGGCUGCAGGGAGGGUAGGUCCACGGCACGCGGGGCGUCGCCACGCAUCCGUACUUCAUUCCAACCCGACCUCGUGCCCUGUUCCCCAGGAGCCUCCUCCUGUAGCGUGGCCUCCUGUGUGGGACCCCCGCCCCGAGUUGUCCCCCUCGCACAGCUCACUUUAUGUAAACUCUUCAGCACCUCACGUUUUCCCCUUCCCUGGGCCAGACCUGGGUGGGCGUGGGGGCCUCGUCCUCAUGCUCCCCAGACCCUGGACGUCGUUGAGUUCUCCCACCUGCCCAACCCUCCAGGGGCGUCCGGACCUACCUCACGGUUGAGAACUGGUCCCCGAAACUGGAGUUUUUAAUCUUCCCUCUCCCUCGCUGUCCGUGACCCCUGGGCCACCUCCCCUCUGAGCUCCUCUGGGGUCACUGUUGUGUGCCCUGCCUUGCAUUAGUUAGCUUGGACAAGACAUGACGUGCUGCCAAAAUGGGAAAUAUUUAUAUUACCUUAUUUAAGACUAGGUUUUUGUUUCCAGGUUCUGAAUCAGCCUGGGUUUUUAGGAAUCGUUUCUUCCUCAGUAAACUUGGACUAGGCCUCGAGCCUUGACGCAGGAGGCACGUGCAGGUCUCAAAGGCCCCGCACCUGCCACCCUACCUGUCCUUUGCUGUGGUGCUGGGCAGACAUCUGCUUGUGGCUGUGGGCGGGAAGCCGAGGUGAGGGUGCCCAGGUGCUGACAUUCAGCCGAUCCCACACUACGCACAGUACUUGGUCGUUUACAAUCAGCGGGGCGAGGGCUGGAAGGGAACCGCAGAACACUAAGUGACCUUCCCCAGUGCCGCUCUGCCUGUAGCAGACACCUCUGGGUCCGCCUGCUGCCCAUGGUAGGGAGCAGACUUCAGAGGGUGGAGGGAGAUGCCAGCUGGCGCGGGGCUGCUGCCUCCUCUCUCUCAGGCUCACUGCCUCGGGGGGGCCCCCGGGGACUCACCUUCUCCUCGGCACAGUGUGUGUCCCUGUGCACAGCCGAGCAACCCCCAAGUCCCCUGCACCCAUCCCAGGCCUUUGCUUGCCCAGAGAUAGGAUUUGCAAGAAUACACCAGGGUUUUGUGUUUGUUUCAUCUGCGCUUCGAGGGCGGUGGCUCCGCCUGGCAACCAGCUUUUUCUUUCUCUUCGUGCUUUGUUCCAGAGCCGGCCGGGCUGCCUUCCAGGUAGAGGGUGGGGAAGAAGAGACUCUCGCACCAUGGUGACCGCCAGCCUGCCUGGCAGUGCGGUAAGCUAGGAAGCUGUCACCAUCCUGUACUUGUGCUCCUCUGGGAGGGUGAUCUUCUGCACCCAUCUUGUGUGCUUUUGAGGUCUCUUAACAGGUGCUUAGGUGACCAGGGUCCCAGUUGGGAUUAGCAAGGCACCGCCCUUACAGGUCUCAGGUUUAGCAGUGACCACAGUGGGCUCAGACAUGGUCAGCUCCUGUCCCCAGCCCAGGCUCUGCAGCUGUCUUGUGGUAGCUGCCUGGAGAGUUGCUUUGGGUGUGAAAGGUCCCUCCUGUGGAAGGGGCCAGACUUGUGUCCUGCUGCUGGCUGCUUCAGUGGAGAGGGUGGCUCAGAGGCCCUAGUAGAGAUGGAUCAGCACAGUGUCUCCUCAGGGGUCCCUUCCCUGUGCGCUGAUCUGGUCCCCUGGUGAGGAUAAGUAGCAAUCUCAUCACCAGGUGACAGAGCCUGAGGUCUCUGGAAUGCAGGCCUGCAUCUGCUGGAUGUCCUGAGGCCUAACCUUCUGGUCUGACCCUACUGUCCUGUGUCCCCGUGCAGCCCAGGUUCUGUGAGCCCACAGGGAGCUCCCCCAGAGCUCCUCCCAGUGCUGCCUUAGGGCAUCGGAUCACAGCUCCCAGCGGGCUUCCUCCAUCCAUUUCCACUUCCUGCUAGGGUGUGACCUGGCACACUGCCUAGGAACCAUCACCACUGACAGGUGACAUUACUGCCACCGCACUGCUGUCCCUUCCCCUGCACAGCUUCAGGCCAAAUAGCUGUGGCCAUGAGUUUGUGUUAUCAGUAGUUAAACAUUAACCACAAAAAACCUCCCAACUUUUUCUUCUCACAUUUCUCCCUUCUCACAAUGUAAUUUGCCUUUAACACUACACAGUCCGCCUCAUCUUUCUUCAAAGUGCAAAAUCUCAGUUCGGGUCCAUUUCCAGCACUCUCUCCCUGCCCAGCAGGGGCUCUAUGUGGGCUUGGUGUUUGUGUCUCUCUGUCUCUUUCUCCAUAGCUGGUUGGUGCUAAGGCAGGCCUCAGGGUCAGCACUGCCAGUAGGUGACAGUGCUGCUUCCUCUAGCAGGAGAUAGCGGGAGGGGCAGGACGUGGCCCUGGGGAAGGCGGCUUCAAGUGGGCCUUAGAAUUCAAUUUAUGGACCUCUGGGUCCAUGGGGAGAAGUACCGUGAUACGGGUUGUCUUUAAAUCGUGGCCAGUGCUUUCUGACAGAUGCUUGGGUGGGGUGGGAGGCGACCUUCCCUGGCGUCAGCCUGUUAGGUUUCUUCCCUUUCCUGUGUACCACUGCACCCUCCCAGCCGGUGGAUGUAAGCAGCUCUCACAAUAGGUGGUCGGAGGACAGGAGUUUGGAACGAGGGUGGGAAAGGCCUGUCCUUACCUGUGUUCUUUGGUUUAAAUCAAGAUGACGCUGGGAAAGCUGUUUGCUUUCAGUGCUCCGUAAAAUCAGGUGGCUGUGUUACAAACCAUCAAUGGGUGUGUGGCCGUGAGGGGCAGAGUUGCCAUUGGCAGGUCCUGAUCCAGGACAGCACCGGGAAUGUUGUGUGCCUCACAGACUAAUAUUCCCAGCGUGGUGCGUUAGAGAUGUGGGUGGUGCCAGUGCUCAUAGGUGGCAUGUCGGGUUGUGCAUUAAGCUUUUCUUUUUCAAUAAAUUAAUUUUAUUUUUUAUUUUUGAGAA